GGGAGAAGAGUUGCUCAUGAAAAAGGGCACAAAUGAUUAAGAUGGAACCGUACCCUAUUGGGGAGCCUUCGCCCGUCAUAUCACAUGACAACGAGCCUCAGCCGUCAUCUUCUCAGCUGUCCCCAAGAUCUGUAGGCCCUGGACGCCCACCUAAGGGACAAGAGCUUGACUACUCCACCAAGAGCCACAAGUGUGAAGUUUGCGGCAAGCUGUUUCCUAAUUCGCAACAGUUAGGCCAGCAUCACUUAGUCCACAGUGGCUUGCGUAAAUAUCGCUGCUCAUUCUGCGAUAAAACAUUCAAGCAACUUUCCCACAUACAGCAACACAACAGAAUGCACACGGGUGAACGCCCAUUUAAGUGUGGUGUGGAGAAUUGUGGGAAGGGGUUCACGCAGCUCGCCAAUUUACGUCAUCAUAUGACUGUACACGAGAAACACCUUGGCUUGUACGAGAGAAAACAGUAUCAGUGUACAGAGUGUAACAAAACAUUUGUUACACAGUCGAGCCUUCAAACACACAAAAAUAAGCAACAUAAUGGUGAAGGAAACACGGAUACAAUUCCCUGUCCAUAUUGCCGAAAGAGCUAUACAAGUGAGGUUGCCUUGGCAACGCAUGUUUAUCACAAUCAUACAAGUUUCUGGUCCCAGUUUGCAACAUUCUCUGGGAAAAAAUCAUUACAUGAUUUUCUCCCAACUGGCAAACCCGUAUCUGCAGCAUCUAUUCCACAGCGAUUUGAAUGCCAGAUUUGCCACAAGAAAUAUAGCCAUGAGUCUGGGCUUCUAAAACACAUGGUUAUACAUCCUAGCCUGGUCAGCAAUCCAGAUAUAAAGGUCUACCCCUGCAAGUUCUGUGAAAAGAUAUUUGCCCAGGAGAUCCACCUUAUACGUCAUGUCCAGAUGAAAAAUGAUGAUCUUCACAGAGAGGCCGCUCAGAAGUUUGGAAAUACACUUGGAUUGAGCUGUUUUGAUAUAAGUAAACGAGAAGCCAUAAGUGAGACUGGCAGAGACAGAGAAUCUCUGAGUCCUGAACCAGGCAGCUCUCAUUCAGAAAUUUCAAGGUCUGAGCGAUUGACCAGAGACAUCUAUGAAGAGAAUUUGGAGGAGCCUCACAACCGACUUGUUAUCGAUAUGAAUUUUGGGAAAAAGCGCAAAUUGGAUGAGCUUGUUAGAAUGGAUAGGACUGAGACUGAACAAGUUCAGCGAGACUAUAGUGACGUUGAUGAAAGGAGGAGUCCAUCUGUGUCUCCAAGGAGUCCGCCAAUUUCCCCACCUUUCAAACAGUCUAUACCAGAUAUUCGUCACUUCAGUCACGCCAGUCAUCGUACAUUCUUCGCUUCUAGUAAUGUUAUUGUACAGAGCCAACCUGAGGCUGAUCAAAUCUCACCAAUCAAUCUCAGCACUAAUGCAACUGUUACCCAUAAUACAUUGUACCAGCAGACGUCACCUAUCAAAGAUUCACAGCAGCCAGAAGACUCUGACAGUUUUUCUAAUAAUCGAUCAUACUCUACUAAAGAUCCUAUUGCAUCGAAUGAGUUUGUGGAUCAAAUAUUAUCGCUUACUCAAAAGGAAGGCAUGGUACCUCAUAAUCGGCACCUAGAAAAUCAGCAGACAUCUGAACAAUACAAUGAAUACAUGCCCUGAAGGCAAACAUCUGGACAAUACAAUGAAUACAUGCCCUGAAGGCAGACAUCUGGAAAAUACAAUAAAUAUGUGCCCUGAAGGCAGAUAUCUGGACAAUACAAUUAAUACAUGCCCUGAAGGCAGACUUCUGAACAAUACAAUGAAUAAGUGCCCUGAAGGCAGACAUCUAGACAAUUCAAUGAAUACAUGCCCUGAAGGCAGACAUCUGAACAAUACAAUGAAUA